UUUCUUCUUUCAUCUGGGACUGGGAGCCAAGAAUCCUCUUGAGCACAAGCACCACAAGGCCUUCAGCUCAGCAGAGGAUCGUAGCUGAAACCUCACGGAGAAAUGGCUGAUAAAAUAUAUAUAUGGGAGAAGAAGCUACAAGAUCCAAGUGCACCACCCAUGCCGUUUCCUUUAGACUUUCUGAAGGCCAUCACAUGUGAUUUUUCCGCUGAACAAGAGCUCGGCAAAGGUGGGUAUGGAGUGGUUUACAAGGGAGUUCUUCCGAGUGGAAAAAUUAUUGCUGUGAAGAAGCUUCAUGAUACACAUCUGGUGGAAGAUAACAAAUUCCAAAAGGAGGUCAGAUAUCUUAUGGGGAUGAAGCACCAAAACGUAGUACAGUUUGUAGGUUACUGUGCCGAAUCAAGUUGGGAAGCGAUGAAGCUGCCUGGAAUUGUGGGUUAUAUUUUCUCUGAAGCACCAAAAAGAUUGCUUUGCUUCGAGUAUGUAUGCAAUCAAAGCCUUGACAAGUAUAUCUCCGAUGGAUCUUCGGGCCUUGAGUGGAACAUGAGAUGUGAAAUAAUAAGGGGAAUUUGCGAUGGUUUGCAUUAUCUUCAUGGGGAAUGCCAAAUUAUUCAUCUUGACUUGAAGCCUGCAAAUAUAUUGUUUGGUACUAAUAUGGAGCCGAAAAUUGCGGAUUUUGGUUUGUCAAAGAUCUUUGCGGAUCAAUCACUUACUAAAAAUCCUGCAGGAACACUGGGAUAUAUGGCUCCAGAGUACUUAAUCCGUGGUUUAGUCUCCAUCAAGGCAGAUAUAUUUAGUUUAGGUGUCGUAAUCAUUGAGAUAAUCACUGGUCGUAAAGAACUUCCAUGUUUUCAGCAGUUCAAUGAGAAUGGUAGUCCCCAGAGCGACAUCGCAUCUGAGCAGGACUUCAUAGAGAAAAUACUUGAUACUUGGAGGAAUAGGUUGCAAAUAUCAGAUGGCCACAUAGAAAAAUUGAAACAGAUACGGGUAUGCGCAGAGUUAGGAAUACAAUGUGCUCAACUUAACCCAGUUCAGAGACCAGUUACACAGCAUAUAAUCGAUCGGCUUGCUGAAGUGAAGGACAGAUCCAUCAAGACUGGCACUUUUGCAGUAGAGCAGGUCUCUGCUCAAAUUGGUAACAGUAGCGCACCGGCAGCAAUAGCAUCAAGUACGGCUUCUGAGCAUGACGAAGUAAGUGAGCUUCUUCAGAAACUAUCAUCGCAGAACGCUUUGGAUCAGCGUGAAGCCGCAGGCGUGCUUCGCCAGCUCGCGAAGCGCAGUGCUGAGCAUCGUGCACGCAUCGGGGAAUCUGGCGGCAUCCCUAUCCUCUCGAGACUUCUGUCUUCGACGACUGAUCUUAGCGCCCAGGAGCAUGUGGUCACCACUCUCCUCAUCAUUUCUGUCAACCGAGAGAACAGACGGAGGAUUGUUUCCUCUGGAGCUGUUUCCGGGAUCGUGCGGGCGCUAGAGAGGGGCAACAUGAGCCCCCUUGCGCUACUGUCAAUCCUUUCCAACGGCCCCGAGGGAGUGGCAGCUAUCAGUGCCGCUGCCGCUGUCAUACCAAGUCUGGUUGGAGUUAUUAGGAAUGGAUCCUCAGCGAGCAAGGCAAAUGCAGUUGCUAUCCUGUUGCGUGUCUUUUUUUUUUUUUUGCGAGAUAUCCUGUUGCGUGUCUGUGAUGGCGAAGGCAAGCAGCAGCGACAGAACCUUGCUCAGGCACAUGAGCAUGGCCUCGUGCCCUUGCUGGCGGAGCUAAAGGAAAGCAGCAGCACACACAUGGGGAAAAGUAAAGCGACCCGGCUGCUCCGACUAAUGAAUAACUAGUGAAUGAGGGAGGCACGUUUGUGCGGCCAAAUUUACAAGAUAUUUUACGUAUGAGCUGGUGGCAUUUUGCUUAUCUACUUGUUACUUGUUCGAUCCUAAUAACUGUUUUCAAGUAUGUAUUGUAUAUAUUUGCCUCUACAUUGCGUACGUAUCCAAGGAUUUCAUACC